UUAAUAGCCGAACGCGCGAGCCGUCGACCAACACUCGGUUUUUGCCCCGGGCUGCCGUCCCGGAACCGAGUGCGCAUGCGCCGACCUGCGGCCGGGUGCGAGCGCGGCGCGCGCUUCACGACGCUCGGUCGCCAGUCAGUGUGCCGCCGCUCUGCGCGAAGGACGCUGCCCGACGCCCACGCACCGCACGCACGACGCCGACGCUCCGACGCAGGCGGUCUUUGACCUGAGGAGCGCACCCAUACUGUCCCUCCAGGACGCUGCGAAUCUACAGCAACCUCAGAACAGUUUCUCCGCAGAAUUACCAAGUGACAGUCGGCGGCACGUCACUGAAGUUCUCGGCGGACACGCAGUGUCGAGCUGCUGGUCUUGACCUCGGGCAGCGCCGAGCGAUAAGAAAGUUUGAGACAGCCAGAAUAGUGGGGGGACUGCAGAUGGAGUGAGCCGGGGGAUCACCGCAAAGUGGAGGCCCUUCUUCCCGGACACCGUGUACUCGAGUGAUGACGAGACUGCCAAUAUGACCACGGGCCCGCUUCCUCUUCUGACCGCAGGUCUCCUGGUUGCCGUGUACGCGGCGGCAGCGGGCGCGCUGCAGCUGCGCCGGCUGAGCGUGCCGCAGUACAAGGUGCGCGGCGACAUGGCUCUACUGCAGUGCCUGUACGACCUGGAGGACGACGCGCUCUACUCCGUCAAGUGGUACAAGGACGACGAGGAGUUCUACCGAUACGUCCCGCGGUCGCACCCGCCGCAGCACAGCUACAAGAUCGACGGCGUCAAGGUCGACAACCAGCUGUCGGACGACAAGCAGGUGGUGCUGCGCAGCGUCAACCUCAAGUCGACGGGCGAGUACCGGUGUGAGGUGUCUGCAGAGGCGCCGUCGUUCGCGUCCGCCCAGCAGGAGGCGCACAUGGAGGUCGUGUCUCUUCCUAAAGACGGGCCGCACAUCUUCGGAGAAGAGCGGCUGUACCAAGUGGGUGACGAGAUCAGCCUCAACUGCACGUCGGGCAGGUCAUACCCAGCGUCCGUAAUCAAGUGGUUCAUCAACGAUAAAGAGGUGCCGGGGGACGACCCGCGGCUGGAGGCGCACCCGCCGCAGCGCCACGCGCACGGCCUGGUGUCUUCGUCGCUGGGCCUGCGGUUCGCCGUGUCGGGGGCUCACUUCGUAUCCGGCUCCAUGAAGCUGCGGUGUGUGGCGGAGGUGGCGCCGGUGCUGUGGCAGGGCGACAGCGAGAGCGUCGUGCAGAGGGUCACCCCGCCCCCCAACACUGUCCGGGAGGCUCUCUUCCUCGUGAGAGGAACAUCGAAUCUCAACAGCGGCUCUGCAGUCAUCGUGGCGCUAAUGUCCUACUUCGUGGUGGCUGUAGGGACGUGAUUGGGACAGUCAAGUAUCAGCGACACGUUUUAGGACUAUGGAGGAAGAAAUGACGUUGAGUGAGGAGAGAUAAUGCUGUGCGAGAAUGUUUGCCUCGACACUCUUCACAAAAGAAUGGAGUAUCUGGCGUGUUGUAUUUAUGUGACUCUUGCUUCAAAAAGUGACACAUUUUCUGUGAAUGCAUAAAAUAUGUUAACUCACUACGAAAAUGUUGAGGAAUUCUGUAAGUGGUAGCGGCCAGCUUUUCAGCUCAGAGGAAAAGAGAUUAAAAUUCCAUCACACAAUAUCGAGUUAAUUUCCGUUCGAACUGAAAAUGACAACUGAAAUUAUGACCAUGUUUGACGUGAGAAAAGUUUUUCGUGAUCUGAAAUUUCUAUAUGCGACAACGAGAGCGUAUCAUUCCAUUUUUGUGAUAAAAGAAGCCACUUAAUAAAAGAAGCCACUUACAAAAUUUCCUCAAACUGUUCUGUACACACAAGACAUUUGGGAUUUGUGCCUGCGUGAACUAUCGCUGUUACACAGAAAAUGUUUUAAGGUAGUUCUUGGAGAGAAAAUGCGGAAAGUGAUAAAUGUGCGGAUAGUGUGUAACACUGUUUAUGAAAAGAUUUCUAUUUUUAAAAAGGGUAUUACUCUUUAGAAAGCAUAUGAACUUUUUAUCUUUCAACUAUUUUGCCAUUCUAAUGAAAAUGUUUUCUUUCAUAUAUUGUUCACCUGUUUUCUUAUUUCUGUUAAAAAUGUGUGAUCGUAUCAAGAAUAAUCACCGUGAUAUACUUACGUUGCAGAAUGUUGAAUUCACAAUAAAAACUAAUGUAAUUUA